UGGCGAGAUAAAUUUAUGUCGAUUCGGCAUAAUUUUUAAAAAUAAACAAUAUAUUCUUAUCACAAUAAACAAUAGAAACUUAUCACACGGUAUUCUCCCAUUUUCUCACCCAUGACAUAUGAACAGAAAGUAAAAAUUAUAUCAUGCAGAAAUAUUUCCUAGCCGAGGAAAUGUUUCCCAUAUAAACAGCCCCUUAGUUGCGCUUGUUGAUAAAUGCAGAAACUGUAUCAUGCAUCAAGCAGUAACUUAUUGAAAAAUUCAACUUCAGUGAUUAUCAAAUUCAACUUCAGUCAUUAUUAAAUUCAACUUCAGACAUUAUCAAACUUAACUGCAGACAUCAUCAAAUUUAACUUCAGACACUAUUUACUUGUAAAGUUAAAUAGAUAACUCCUCUCUUUUCAGGAAAAACUGGUACAAGAAACAUAACUUUUGCAAAUACUAUCACUUUUUCGCAAUCUUAGUCCAUUUAAUAUGGAAUGCCAUAACUAUUUUAUGUAUUUGAGUUUUAUUACAUAAGGUGCAUUCUCUAUUACAAUAUGUGCGUUCUAUAUUAAAAGCACUAAUCUGAAAUAGGUUCCUGUCCUUCAAGCAGUGCAGUUUCUUCGUGAUAAUCGUCAAUUGGUUUCUACAUUAACUACUAUUAUUUUGUUGGAAAAAUGUUUGAUUUCUAAAGUUUUAUUUAAAUCUUGAAAUGCAACUCAAAAAGAUGUCACAUCUAAUAUGGCUUAUACCUGCUAAAGUUGGUUGGGAAUUCUGCUGGAAAUUCUGCACUCGCUAAUAUACUUUGUUAUUCCAAAAAAUUGUGUCAUUACGAUUUUUAAUAAACAAAAACUCCAUUUUUAGUUUUAGGAAGCAAUUUGUUAAUGAGUAUAGAUUCAUCUCCGCUCUUCGACACCAAUCAAAACAUCACAAGCGAUCAAUUUCUAACUCCUGCAAGAGUGAAGAAGGACAUUCUACGAAUUCUGAUAUCGUGUGGAAGGGCGAUAGAAAAGACAAAAUGUGAAUAUGUAUGUUUGAUACAAUGAGCACUAUCUUUUGUCAAAACAAAAAACAUGUUGUAGCUAACUUAUUCUGGUAAUUCUUUAGGGCAACAUCAUCAGUGGUCGUGGUUGCGCUCAAGGAUCUGUGUGUAACUAUUUUCUUCCUCCGGUGGACGCCGCUAAUGUAAGUUCCCUAACAUAACGAGGGAAUUUUUCUAAAUCAAAUCUUCAUCUAACUGAAAAAUAUUGCAUUCUUAGGACUUCGACAUGAUAAGGCAGUUCACUGCGAUUAUCCAGGCGAUUGUUCCUGCCAUAGUUGCUGUGCAUAACGAUGAGCAUAACAUCUAUCCACCACGUACUGCUGUAGUCAAUCCAUUAAAAACCGUGGUUCCUUGUCUUUCACAAAGUUAUGGAAGCCUGAGAGCUGCAACACGGUAUUUUCAGCGAAAAUUAAAAGUUACGAAAGGAGAGUAUCAAAUCACAAGAGGUAGCUUUCACACCUUCCCUAUGAAACAAGAUUGUCAACCAUCUAAGGUGACAAGUAAAGAUGUGCAGAAAUUCUCCAUAUUCUACGAAGCAUUUGUGACAUUCUUAGCUAUGGAACGAAAAGUUCAACUUAGUCUAACGAAGAAAUUUUUUCACCAUCUUCAAUAAGUUGACGAGAUGUAAAUUAGUUGUAUAAUAAUACUUGUUGUAAUAAUUUAGUUUGGCAACAUGUUACGCUCUUUUAACCGUAUUCGGUCCGUAUAUUAUAUGGCUAUGAAACUAUAUUGAUCUAUAUCUAUAAAUAUCUAUAUAUAUCUAUAAAUUUUUAGGUCCGAUACCUUUCUUUGAUAUUG